AUGGAUGCGCUCGUCUUUGUAGAAUGGGGAAAUAGACUAACCACCGUAGCUGCCGUAUGCUUUACAUUGUUUUUUUGUGUCACAAUUGAAAAAUGCAAACAAUUCCAUCCAAAUUUGAGGCUUUAUUUGGUAAGAAAUUUUCUGACUUUUUUCCAUAAUGUUUGAAAGUUUUUUUGUCACCAAAGAUUUUAUUUUUAUGCUUAUUCUUCUUUCCAGAAAUUUGUCGUUAUUCCCCUGACCUUCGUUGGAAUAUGCCGUCUGUUGGAUGACGUCAACGAGUACAUUUUAAAACUCAACACUAAUCACAUUUAUUGCCGCCUGCUCAGUUAUUCGCAAGCAUUUUUUGUCGGAAUCAGUGUGGUGAUGGUUGCAGCGAUCUUGACAGAACGAUGGGUCGCGACGUACGAUCGAAAAUAUUACGAACAUCGGGGAACGAGGAAGGCAAAGACAUAUGCGGUUGGGAUCUUUGCCCACGGGGUCGCUUACUCGUUUCUGGUGCAUUAUUUUGGAACUAGAUUCAAAGGUGGGUUCAAAAUGAGACAAAGUUUGCUGAAGGCUUAGUAGGCUGAAAUAUCAAGUCAUUGAGGAUACGCUGUUGGAAAAGGAAGACAAUUGAUUAAACCAAUAUCUUUGUUGGGGCAUUCAGUAGAGUCAUUGAAGCCAAGUCAUGACGGGAAUUAUUUUUUUUUUUCUUUUUUUGUGGGCGUACGUUACACUUCAAUAAAAAUUAUCAAUGACCUUAAAGAAGUACCUCAAUCUCAGUAGACGGUAAAUUUUAAUAACUUCUUGAACAUAUUUUCGGAGCCUUAUUUACGCCCGUGAGACUUACUAGCUGAACAACAAUGUUUUUUUAUAUAGGAUUAACACUUGUUUUACAACUAUAAUCUGAUUAUAAAUAUUAUACAACCACUUGCUUGUUACAAAAUUCGGUUGUUCCAAGUGUCUUUGCCUUCAAGACGUUUGAAUUUACACUCAUCUAAUUUCUCCCUAUUUCAGCGACAUUUCCCAAUCGCUGCUGUGUUGUUGACCGAUAUCCGGUGAUCGAUGGGAUCGGCUUAUUUGCUUGUGGAACGGUCACAAUGUGCCUGACGCCAGUCAUGAUCUACCUCUACUAUUACAACAAGCGCCUUAUGAAUAACCGUGUCAUGAUGGAGUCUCUAAGUGCCCGCUUUCAGUUGGCCGAGAACAUCAUGAUUUUGCGGUGUUUUAUUCCAGUCUUCAUAGUUGGGUUUCUAAUCAUCGGGAGCCUUGGGUUCUGGACGUCGGAGAUGUCGGCGUUUUUGUCGGUGGUGGCGCCAGACUAUGUGAUUACAAUGAAGGUUUGCAUUCGAGUAAGCUUUUGAAUUACAUGACCAUUUUUUGACAUGAUUUCCUUAUUCCUAACAUCUCGGCUGCCUUUGUAAAGCCUCAGCUAAACUUUUUCUACACUUACCUUGUCUAUUUCCUCACUUUUUCUUUUCAGAUCUCCCGUGCCUGUGCUGACUCGUUGUGUAUCGCGAUUGUCGUUAUCUUCUGCCAAGUCCAUCCAGCUCUUCGCAGUCGAAUGAGAAAUUAUUACAACCGAAUACGACCCAAUCAAUGCUCCCAGGAAACGGCAUUCAUCGUGCUGCGCAGCUCAAAGGUUACGGACUACCAAAAAGAGACCGAAGACUAUUUCCAGCAGCUGGAAAGUCAAUGGAAUAAGUUGCAAAAACGCUAA